GAUUUAAAUUUUAAACUUUUAAAAUUUAAAAUCAUUCCCAGAUGUCCUUCAGCUGGGUAUUUUCUAGGGCACACUUUCUUUGUUUUAUUUCUCUUAAAAAAUAUUUUAAAAUAAAAGUUGGUUGUUCUUAUUAGUAGGUGGAAAAGGUUUGAUUGAAUUGAUUAUUUUAUUUAUGAUUUUGUCGGAAUACUCCGGCUUCUCUGUUUCCAUCCGUCGUUUUCAUCCUUUUGUGGGAGUUGUUUUAUUGUUUUUUUUUUUAAUCCAGACUUAAUUUCGGCAAUUAAUAUUUAAAAUAUAUCAUGUUUUUAUUUAUUUGAUCGUCUGGGCUAAAAACUAGUUAGAAUAAAAAUAACGCAAAAAAGAAAGUGGUGUGAUUGUCAUAAAAUUAAAAUUGAUUGUAAAGAGAAGAGGGGGAAGAGAUCAAGAGAGUACUUGGAAUCAAAGACGUGUUGAGCUGUUUGUUACUACCUUACCAUUACCAUACCUGUCUAUCACUUUCCCUACGCCGCUCUCUCUCUCUCCUCUCUUCGUCAUCUCCUUGCUAUAUUUCUCUGCCAUAAUCAUCUCUCUUCAAAUGCCAAAUUUAUUCUUUGUCUUUUAAUCACCUCCCAAAUUUCCUCAUCUUCCAAAUCUUACUUUCCAUUAUUUUUUUUUGUCCCAUUUUUGUUGUUUGUUCUUGUUCAUUUUCCCUUGAAAUCGUUACAAUGCCAUCGAUGUUGUAGCAUAAACAUUCGCUAAACGCACUACUACAACAUUAUCUAUUGUAUUUGUGUAAGUUAACAUUGGGUUCGUUCCGAGCUCAAGAAGAACAAGAGUGAAAAAACAAGAUGGUACCAUGGUGGAGCGGAGGAGCAAAAGACAACCAAAAACUACACAGAGGAACACCAGUUGUAAUCAAAAUGGAGAACCCAAAUUGGUCGAUCUCAGAGAUCGAAACCCCAUCCUCUGAUGAAGACGAUUUCAUGCCUAAGAAAUCUAGAAAAUUUCGAGGAAAAAAUGCUAAACAACUCACCUGGGUUCUACUCCUUAAAGCCCACCGUGCUGCUGGUUGCCUCUCGUCCCUUGCUUCCGCUGUCGGCCGUCGAGUCAAGUCUGGCCGCACCGACUCCACCGACUCACUUCGGACCGAGAACUCCGCUGUUCGUUCUCGUCUUCAUACCUUUAUUCGGAUUUUCUUAGCUAUGUCGUUGAUCCUUCUUUGUGUUGAGGUUGCUGCUUACUUGAAGGGCUGGCAUUUGGCGGAUUCCGCACUUUAUUUUGAUCACAUUGUUAUGAAUGGAAAUACCGUUUUCGGGUUCAGGUUUCGGGGUUUCUUCGGAUGGAUGUAUAAUAAGUGGGUUUUGAUUAGGGUUGGGUACCUUGCUCCACCUCUUCAAUGGCUUACUAACUUCUGCAUUGUUUUGUUUCUCAUCCAGUCUUUGGAUAGACUUGUGUUAUGUUUAGGAUGUUUUUGGAUCCGCUUUCGGAAGAUCAAACCCGUCCCUAAGAUUGAUCCUACCACGGAUGUCGAGGCCGGCGAGGGUGGCGGGUACUUCCCCAUGGUUCUUGUUCAGAUCCCCAUGUGCAAUGAGAAAGAGGUUUAUCAACAAUCUAUAGGUGCAGUGUGUAACUUAGAUUGGCCAAAGUCGAAGAUGUUAAUUCAAGUUUUAGAUGAUUCGGAUGAUCCUACAGCUCAAAUGUUGAUUAGGGAGGAGGUUUAUAAGUGGAAAUCGGAGGGUGCUAACAUCGUAUACCGGCAUCGAGUGAUUCGAGAUGGGUACAAAGCUGGCAAUCUUAAGUCCGCUAUGAAUUGCAGCUCGGUUAAGGAUUAUGAAUUUGUUGCCAUUUUUGAUGCUGAUUUUCAACCUACUCCUGAUUUCCUUAAGCGGACUGUCAUCCAUUUUAAGGAUAAUGAAGAAGUGGGGUUAGUGCAAGCGAGGUGGUCAUUUGUGAACAAGGAUGAGAAUUUACUAACAAGGUUGCAAAACAUAAACUUGACAUUCCACUUUGAGGUGGAGCAACAAGUGAAUGGGAACUUUAUCAACUUCUUCGGCUUUAAUGGAACUGCCGGUGUGUGGAGAAUUAAGGCGCUUGAGGAAUCGGGUGGAUGGUUGGAGAGAACGACUGUCGAGGACAUGGACAUUGCGGUUCGUGCUCAUCUUCAAGGCUGGAAGUUUGUCUUCCUCAAUGAUGUUGAGUGUCAAUGUGAAUUACCGGAAUCUUACGAAGCUUACAGAAAACAGCAACAUAGAUGGCACUCAGGGCCAAUGCAGUUAUUCCGUCUUUGUUUGCCCGACAUUAUCCACUCAAAGAUAUGCUUUUGGAAAAAGGCGAACAUGAUUUUCCUCUUUUUCCUCUUGAGGAAGUUGAUUUUGCCCUUCUACUCUUUCACUCUUUUCUGUAUCAUCCUCCCAAUGACCAUGUUCAUCCCCGAGGCAGAGCUCCCUGCUUGGGUUGUGUGCUACAUUCCAGCCACCAUGUCCUUUCUCAACAUCCUUCCCGCCCCAAAAUCCUUCCCAUUUAUUGUCCCGUAUCUUUUAUUUGAGAAUACUAUGUCGAUCACAAAGUUCAAUGCCAUGAUCUCUGGUUUGUUUCAAUUGGGUAGUGCAUAUGAGUGGGUUGUCACCAAGAAGUCAGGCCGUUCAUCAGAAGGUGAUCUUGUCUCCUUAGGUGAGAAAGAGCAAAUCCUUGAAAGGGGCUCUUCACAACCUACCAUGGCAGCAAUGAAAGAAGAACUACUAAAGCAAGAGCAGAAAGGUUCCAAGAAGAAAAAGAAGCACAAUAGAAUUUACAUGAAGGAAUUGUCCCUUGCGUUCCUUCUGUUGACUGCUUCAGCUCGGAGUCUGCUCUCAGCUCAGGGUAUCCACUUCUAUUUCUUACUCUUUCAAGGGGUUUCAUUCUUGCUGGUUGGUCUCGAUUUGAUUGGUGAACAGGUUGAUUGAUCAAAGUUGGACAUAUACAGUUUAGGAUUUUGUAGGGGAUACAAUGAACAGUAUUAGUGCAACAUAAAUCUAUGGGGGCAGAAGUGAUACUACAGCUACAGCUACAAACCUUUGAGGCUGAAGAAAGAGAAACCAGAGCAUAUAGCAGGUCGUGAUUGUAGGAGAUCCAAGAGGGAUGAGAGUGAGGCUUCUUUUUAAUUCCCCCCGCCCUCAGGUUUCCGGGGCUUGUGCGCCCUAUUGAUGCAAGAGGUAUGCAGGAGGAGUUUCAGUGAUGACGCAUGAAUUCGUUAUGGAUUAAAGAAUUCUAAAGUGUCCUUUCAUAUGUAAGAAAAUUUGCCCAUUUUUUAAUUUACUUUUGUAAUUUAUUGCCUUUCUCAUUCCUUUUAGUUCUUUGAGGGCCUAUUCUUUUGUAAGCAAAAAAUUGGUGGCUCUAAUUUACAUGAAUGCACAAUAUUACAGUUGCGAAGGUGCAACAGCUCAAAA